AUGCUUCUUAUUGUCGAAGGUUGGGUACUUCCGGAAAUGCCUUCUAUGAUUACUGACAUGCUAAUUUCUAUGGAUGACCAUUACCUGUAUGCCUCCAACUGGUUUCAUGGCGAUAUACGACAGUAUGACAUCAGAGAUGUGGACAAUAUUCGACUUACUGGAAAUAUAUUCAUAGGAGGCAGCAUUCACGAAGAAAGUGGCGUAAAGCUUGUUAAGGACGAAGAACUUGAGAAGCCACCAUCAGCCUUGCAUGUAAAAGGUAAACGCAUAGAAGGUGGUCCACAAAUGUUGCAGCUAAGUCUGGAUGGGAGAAGACUUUAUGUGACUAAUUCGCUUUAUAGAAGAUGGGAUGAACAGUUUUAUCCGAAACUAAUCAAUUCUGGAGGCAAGAUGCUACGCAUAGACAUAGACGAAAACGGUGUUAUGAAGCUCAACGAGAACUUCUUCUUUGACUUCGGCGCCAUCGAAGGUGGUCCAUAUCUUGGACACGAAAUGCGUUAUCCAGGAGGAGACUGUACUUCAGAUAUUUGGGUUUGA